CCUCAAGCAACGACAUCAAUCUGUCUGACAAAAAAUGUGUAUUUCAUGAAUCUACUUUGCCGAUCUGUGUAAUUCCACUCAAUGCCUUCUCCAUUUUGCUUUAUUUUCAUCUCUUUUCUGGGAAUAGACAUCCACUUAUUGUCACACGGCACUACCACAGUGGUGAUAAUGUGAUAUGCAGUGGGCCUGCAUGUCCCAACCUCAUGCACCACACUUCUUUAAAACCCAGGGCUGAUGUGCAUCCUCUUGUCGAAGGCCACUAGGAGUUUCUGAUGGAGAACAACACUCCUCCAAAGUCUGGGACAGGCUUCUUCAAAACUUGCUUCAAUGGAGUUAAUGCUCUCUCAGGGGUUGGAAUAUUAUCCAUUCCAUAUGCAUUGUCUCAAGGAGGAUGGCUGAGCUUACUCAUUUUCAUGACCAUAGCAAUCAUCUGUUUCUAUACUGGUAUUCUCCUGCAGAGAUGCAUAGACUCAAGCUCGCUUGUUAAGACCUAUCCUGAUAUUGGUGAGCUAGCUUUUGGCCGGAAAGGAAAAAUCAUAGUAGCAAUAUUCUUGUACCUGGAGCUGUAUCUUGUUGCCAUUGAUUUCUUGAUAUUAGAAGGUGACAACUUGGAGAAAUUAUUUCCAAAUGCCAACUUCCAUGUUGCUAGUCUCAAGAUUGGAAGCAAGCAAGGGUUUGUGUUGAUCUUCAGCCUGCUGGUUUUACCAACAACAUGGCUUCGGAGCUUGAACAUGCUUGCAUAUGUUGCUCUCGGCGGAGUCAUGGCAUCUGUCAUUCUAAUCGCCUCUGUUAUGUGGGUUGGAGUGUUUGAUGGUGUCGGUUUUCAUGAGAAAGGUGUGACUGCCAACUGGUCUGGUAUGCCAACUGCUAUGAGCUUAUAUGCGUUCUGUUUCAGCGGCCAUGCUGUUUUUCCCAUGAUAUACACUGGCAUGAGAAACAGAAAAACGUUCCCCACAGUGUUGCUCAUCUGCUUCAUUAUCUGCACUCUUAGCUAUGGGCUGACAGGCACCAUUGGAUACUUGAUGUACGGGGAAUCAUUAAGUUCCCAGGUGACGCUCAACCUUCCAUCAAAACGUUUUGCCUCCAAUGUCGCGAUCUACACGACGCUGAUCAACCCUUUCACCAAGUUCGCGCUGCUAAUCACUCCAAUAGCAGAGGCUAUCGAGGAUAGCCUUCAUGUUGGCAAAAACAGGACAGUCAGCAUCUUGAUCAGGACCACUCUGGUCGUCAGCACCACCAUUGUAGCACUUAUCGUGCCGUUCUUCGCCUAUGUUGUCGCGCUUACCGGCUCGUUCCUCAGCAGCACGGUCACAAUGUUGCUGCCCUGUGUCUGCUACCUGAAGAUCAGCUCAAGGACCUCCAGGAAUCUGAGGUUGGAGCUGGUAGCUUGCCUGGGUAUUAUCAUGAUUGGGGCGGGAGUGAUUGUGGUUGGCACAUAUUACUCACUGAAGCAGAUUGUUCAUAGCUUUUGAGUCAUGAGCACACUGGGCUCUGUAUAUAUGAAUGAACUAUAUUGUAACCUACCCUAGUAGCAGCAGAUCUGUAGCCUUGUACUCUCACCCUGAUAAGAUAGCACAUGAAGUUAGUUGCAUAUGAAACCAAAAAUAAACUGCCGAUAAGAGGAUCUGUGAUGUGGGAUUAGAUUCGUAUAGUUUGUCAAGAGACAGCGCGUAUCAGCUACAAUGUUCAAAGAUAUUAUUUGGCCAUUUUA